AUGAUGGUCGGCGGUAGCUAUGGCCUUAUCGAUGAGGUCGAUCUGGAUGCAACGAUAAGGCCUUUUGAACUAUACUACUCCAACUACGAUGUCAAACAAGCCGGCCAUUCACCGCCAGCUGAAUAUCAAGUCUGGCGUGUCGAAAAGGCAAGAAUAGCGCGACUCUGGCGUCACAGAGCGCUGACAGUAUUUCUCAGGCUUUUGAAGGAACACAUCCUGUAUGCAAAAGAAGCAGAGGAGCAACAGCGGACGUUCGAUAAGCUUAUCGCCAAUAAAGCUGAAGAGUGGGACUUGAAAAGUGCCAAAAGGAUAUUGGAAGAGUCACACAGGAUGAUCAAGGAUUCUGAUAACCGUCUAGGCAAGGCGGUACAAGAUCUACGAGAACUUGUCCUACGAGUCAAGUCCCAACCUGAGUUUGCGGAAGAUGUCGAGCUCCUGCAUGCCGAGGAAGCACUGGAGGAGGCGAGCGUGUAA